CUUUUGAGACUCAAUUGAAACUGUGCUACUUUCUCUGUUUUUUGAUGCCUCAUAGAUUCUCUCCUCCUCUUUCAAGUCAAAGAAGAAAGAAAAAAUUGAGGGGGAAAAAAAAGAUGACAUGGAGUGGAAGAUGAGAGGAAAGCAAGAGUCCCAGCUCAUUGCAUAUAUUCUUUCCUACAUAUCCCCACUUAUAUUUCCAGUUAUGGAGUAAAAAUAAAGGACAGGACACCCAACCCAAAUUAUAAAGAGAACUACAGCUACCAUACGAUUGAAACAAAGUUGCAGGAAUCAAAGACCCAUAUUUUUGUGUGAGUCUUCAGAGUGGUUCUGAUUCACAAAACCGAAAUGGGUCUGCAGAUAACCCAAAACCAGGAUGUGGGUCUGGUUCUGUCUACUGAUGCAAAGCCUAGGCUAAAAUGGACUCCAGAACUUCAUCAACGAUUUAAAGCAGCAGUUACUCAACUUGGAGGAGCAGACAAGGCAACACCUAAGGCUCUGAUGAGGGUGAUGGGUAUCCCUGGGCUUACAUUGUACCAUCUAAAGAGUCACCUACAGAAAUACAGGCUUGGGAAGAAUCAGCAAUCAGAAACUAGUAGUGACAAUAAUCAAGAAGAUAUGGCAGAGGUAGACUGCAGAGAGGAUGAGAUUGGAGGUGGCUGGACCAGUGGGGAAAUCAUUGGUAGAAACAGCAAUCAGAUGAAUGAGAAUGUGUUUCUCAGGAGUUUGCAGAUAGCACAGGCUCUGAAGAUACAAAUGGAAGUGCAGAAGAAGCUUCAUGAACAGAUGGAGGUGCAGAGACAUUUGCAGCUGAGGAUUGAAGCUCAGGGGAAGUACUUACAAUCAGUACUAACGAAAGCACAGGAAACACUUGCAGGAUAUAGUUCUUCUAUGGGAAUAGAAGCCGCCAAAGCUGAACUUUCUCAAUUGGUCUCCAUGGUGGAUUCCCGACGCUCGAGUCCUCCAUUAUCAGAAUUAACAGAAACAUGUGGUUUAAGCUCACAGAACUUAAGGAAGAGACCCAUGAGAUGCAUAGAUUGUUCAAUGGAUAGCUCUUUAACAUCCUCUGGAAGCUCAGCUAGAAAGGAUGGAAAAGCACAAAAUGUAGGGGAUGGAGACAUCCCUGGCUCCAUAGAACCUUCUGUUCUUCUUCCUCUUGCAUCAACAGAGAUGAACCCAGAUGGAUGCAACACGCGGGACACCAGAUCAAGUGAUCAUCUCGUCGAUCAAAAGGGAAGUGGGAGCACCUUUUCUGAUGGGAAUUGUGUUGGUCAGGCAGCAAGUCAGAGAUCACCAACCCAUAAAGAGAGAUCUGGUAAUGGAUUGAGAGAGUUCAGAUUGGCAAAGGAGCUUGAUCUGAACAGCCUGUAUCAAAGCGAGAUGGAUUCAAGCUGCCAUGAGCUAGACCUCAACUGCAAGGAACCUGACCCAAGUCAUCUCUGAGUAUUUGAAGCAUUUUGGCGCUUAAGAGAUUUUCUAAAGAUUGAAGAUA